GCAGAAGGCGCUGCUGUGAGGCGGCCGCCGGACAGGCCUGGCGCGCUGUGCGCCGGUGUGGGCGAUGCUGCAGAUGCGGGACUCGGUGGAAGGCGUCGGGCCGGGCUCCUGCGAGGGCUCCGGGGGGGCGGCACUGCUGGUACCCGCGGCUGAGGCCGACGUGCCCUUCACGCCGACGGGGGAGCUGCCGCCCAGCUCGCCGUCCGCCUCGCUGUUGGCGCAGGCGCCGCCCAGGCAGACCCUGCGGCCCCUCAGCGUCCGAAACCCCACCCGGGGGGGCCGCCUCAAGGAGUACUUCGUCUUCCGGCCAGGAACAAUAGAGCAGGCAGUGAACGAGAUACGAGUGGUGGUGAUGCCCACUGAAGAUGGAGAAGUGCAGAGUGUAUGGCUGCUGACUGAAAUUGAUCACUGGAACAAUGAGAAGGAACGCUUGGUUCUCAUUACUGAUUGGUCCCUUUUGAUCUGUAAAUAUGACUUCAUCAGCCUGCAGUGCCAGCAAGUGACCAGAAUAUCACUUAAUGCCGUUGAUACAAUUUCCAUUGGAGAAUUUGAGUUUCCUCCUAAAUCACUGAAUAAACGAGAAGGCUUUGGAAUCAGAGUCCAGUGGGAUAAACAAAGCCGUCCCUCCUUCAUAAAUAGAUGGAACCCAUGGUCCACAAAUGUGCCAUAUGCCACCUUCACAGAACAUCCCAUGGCUGAUGCUGAUGAAAAGAUUGCAUCUCUUUGUCAAUUGGAGAACUUCAAAACUCAACUGAUCCAAGCUGUGAAGAAGGCCCACAAGGAGUGCCCUCUGCCUGGGAGGGCAAAUGGAGUUCUGCUGCUGGAGCGCCCUCUUCUCAUUGAGACCUAUGUGGGAUUGAUGUCUUUCAUCAAUAAUGAGGCCAAGUUGGGCUAUUCAAUGACAAGAGGCAAAAUUGGAUUUUAAAAGUCUGCUUCCAAAAAAAGGGUGGAGAGAUCACUGCCUAUCAAGUCCCUGGAAGAAGAAAGUGGGAGAGAGAACAUCAUAUAGAGGAGUUUCCAGCUCAUCUAACAGAAGUCUUGCUUGUCAUAAAAUUCAUUUGGUGAGUCAAAUAAAUAUUCCAGUGAAAAGUUCUUUCCCUGUCAGUGUGUCUCAAGUAAGCCACCUGUAUAUUUUGAAGCAUGGUUUCAUUUUUAACUCUUGCCAGUAAACAUAUUACUUUUGCAAGUGUCAUAUUUACGUAUGCUCGAGGUUGUUUUGCAGGGAUAAAAGUUCUCUCUCUUUUGAUUUAAAGAGAGCACCUGUUGGUUUGACAGGUUGUGAACUGUUUUGCUAAAGUGAUUAUUUUGUCAGAACCCAAGUUAUUUUCUGUUAAUCUUUGGAGACUGCACAUUUGAGUGGAAAUGUGGUUGAGUGAUGGUAGUUGCCUUUAAUAACCUUCUAUAGUCAGAUGCAAAUGCAGCUAGCUACAGCUUCUCGUUGCAGUCAGAUAUCCAAAGAAGUCUCACUGUGAACACACAAGCAGCAGUGUCUGAUUUUUAUAUUAACUUUUGCCACAUGGGAUCAACUUUUUUUUUAUCUUAUAGGAAAAGGGAAUUUUUGAUUAGCUUUCUACUUUGUUUUAAUCUAAACUAGAUGAAUAGCACCAAAGUACCUCUCUAAUAAGAGGGCUGGGAGAAACGACUAUGGACAUUUCCUUAAAACUAGACAAACCUGUAACUCUUAAAAGUCAAGUAUAUAGAGACUUUCUGCUCUAUUGCAUGAAUAAUGUUCUGUGGCUGGGAUCCAAAGGGCCAUGUGAGGUUUGUGCAUAAGGAUUUAUCGGAAACUCCUCGUAUCCUUCCUCCAAAAAGGUACCCCAAAAGGUCAAGGAUAUUUCCAGGUGGCAUUCCAUGAGAUAAGAUGCUGCCAGAAGGGAGAAAAUAGCAACCAUGCCAGCCCUCCCAGUGCCUGCACAUGAGCUUUGGCUCCCGGCCUGUGUCACCUUUGCUGGUUGAAUCUUUCUAUGCUUACUGAAAGUUUGUCACUAAUAUGCAAGAAAUCCUGCUUUGGUACUGGUAAUCCAAUGUUUUAUAGUGCUUAUUUCUCUGAACCAUUUUUUUCCCCUCUGAAAAUUUGUGUCAAAAUAUAUGGUGCUGGAAUGGAACCGAAUGCAUGACCCUUUUUGUCUUAAGCAAGGUAUAUUUAAGCUUAAUAAACUUGAAGUAAAUGUGAA